AAAUAUCACAACUGAGCUACUGCGGUGUAGUCGUCGCCUCAAAUACGAAACGAACGUUGAGGGAGUUGGACGGUUUCUUUAUGCUGUUUGUGCGGAAUUUAUGACAACUACCUUACUAACGGCCACUGUUACAAAAUCUUGAUUGUAAAUAAAUAAAUAAAAUAAUUUUCAAUAUUCUUCAAUCGUCUUUUAACCGCUCAGUGGAAAAUACGAGUAUUGUAAUUUUACAUCUUCCUAUAUAUCUAUCAAUAAAGUUUCGAUUAAUAUCUUGUGGAAUUUCGGCGUUCGUCUUGAAUGAGUGGCGCAAUAUCAUCGGUAUUUUUGUGAUUAAUUGUGAUAUAAUUAGUGGUAUUUGAGCCGCUAAAACUAGAUAUUUAAGAUUACAUAUAGUAAGGUAUUGUGUUCGUAAGCAUUUUUCUCCCUCAUCGUCAUUCGUCAUCGUGUUUUCCGUGUCAGAUAUUUUUCGGGCAAGGAAUUUCGAAGAGAAAUUUCACCAAAAGUGAUCAUAAAAUUACCGUCGAAAGAGAACUUUCGAGAAAUUUAAGAGUGUUUGUGCGGUUUUGGUAAAUCAUUUCAAGUCAACCAAAUAACACAAACAUACCUCGCGCAAACUCUCUCUCUCUCUCGCACCUCUAAUAUUUCUCCCAAAAUAAAAUGUGCAUAGCAUACACUCAACGAUUUUAAGUCAAAGUGGUAAUACAACAAGCACGUGUUCGUAUUCUUAUUGGUCGCAGUGGAUCGGAUGUUUUAUCGUGGAUAUAAUAUCUAGCACUUCUCACCUCGUUCGUCGUAGACGCCACCAUUAACCUGUGUUUGUUUUGAGUGAACUAAAAAAGGGAAUUCCUCAAGUGUCACGAGAAAUUGCAAAAAUAAAAAAAUAGUGUUUGUUUAGCAAUUUUAUUUAUGAAUUUGUGUUUAUAUUUAUUUACAUUGUGUUUGUUUAAAAUAUAAAAUAAAAAAAAAAAAGAAAUAAUCUUUGAAACAUGGCAACCCUAACAUCGGAGCCACCAAAAAUUAGUAAAUUCUUUAGCAGUAGUAUUAAUUACCAAAGUAAAGUGCAGCAGCUAAUAAGCUUUAGUUUUACCUCAUCAAAUUUCCUAUACAUCACUUUUAUUCUGAGCAUUAGUAAGCUAUGUACAGCGGAUACGCCGACAACGGCUACCCCACCAACAACUGCUGGCGCUCCGCCACAGUCUUUAGUUAGUAAUGUUAAUUUGUUGUUAAGUUUUAAUGGUUCGGCCUUGAUGGAGAAACUUACGGCUUUUCGGAAUGCAACAACAACGGAUACACCGCCGACGGCUGGCCACCAUAACCGGCAAAUCUCAGGGUUAGCCAAAACAUCAAUAACAUCACCGAAUAGUGUUGUGCCAUUUAAUAGUAUUGGUAAAGGAUCAGUCGAAGUGAAGUUUUUAAAUGUAUCCGGAAAAGUUGGAACUGCCUUAGGAAUUGCUCAAAAUCUUAUAAACGUUUGUGAGGACAAGCAAUUCCAAUGUGCUGAUGGGGCAUGUAUUCCAAUCCGUUACGUUUGCGAUGGAGAAUCAGAUUGCAGCGAUCACAGUGAUGAAUUGGUAACUGAAUGCAGACUGCGAGAACAAACUUGCGGUAUAGAUCAAUUCAGAUGUAAUAAUGGUAAUUGUAUACCAAAAAAAUGGAGAUGUGAUCAGGAAAAUGAUUGCAGUGAUGGAUCCGAUGAGGAUGGUGAUUUUUGCAAUAAAACUUGUACAGAUCAUGAGUUUUUAUGUAAGAAAGACAAUCACUGCAUUCCUAAAAAUUGGUUAUGCGAUCAUGAACCUGAUUGUUUGGAUGCUAGCGACGAAGCUAAUUGUGAAUCGAAAUCCUGUUCGCCAGAUGAGUUUGCGUGUAAAUCGGGUGAAGGCGAAUGCAUUCCACUUGCAUGGAUGUGUGACCAGAGUAAAGAUUGUUCAGAUGGAUCCGAUGAAGCGACUUGCAAUGAAACAUGCCGAACAGAUGAAUUCACAUGCGGAAAUGGACGUUGCAUUCAAAAACGCUGGAUGUGCGAUCGUGAUGAUGAUUGUGGAGAUGGCAGUGAUGAAAAGAAUUGUCCACCGGUUCAAUGCAAUUCUAAAACUGAUUAUACAUGUGCGGAUGGGUCAUGCAUAUCAAAAAGAUGGCAUUGUGAUGGGGAUUAUGAUUGUCAUGAUGGUUCAGAUGAAAUGGGCUGCCUGAAUGUCACACAUAUUAUCUCUACCCCGUGUUUACACAACGAGUUCCAGUGCAAGGAUCGUAUUACUUGCUUGCAUCGUAGCUGGGUAUGUGACGGUGAACGAGACUGUCCAGAUGGGGACGAUGAAAUUCAAUCGAAUUGCUCAAACGUCACAUGUCGUGGGGACCAAUUUCAGUGUGCAGAUCGAAGCUGCAUUCCCGGGCAUUUGAUGUGCAACGGUGAAGCAGACUGUCCGGAUAAAAGUGACGAAUUGAACUGUGGCACCGGCAAACUUAAUCAAACCGAAUGCUCUAAAACAAGCCAGUUCGAUUGUGGAGGCGGAAUGUGUAUUCCACUUUCACAAGUGUGUGACAUGAGAAAGGAUUGUCCCGAUGGUGAGGACGAACCAGCAGGAAAGUGUGGCAUCAACGAGUGCAGUACGGACAAUGGCGGAUGUGCACAUAAAUGUGUUGAUACACCUGUUAGUCACAGAUGCGAAUGCCGUGAAGGGUACAAACUAAAGGAUGAUAAAUUGUGUGAGGACAUUAAUGAAUGCGAUAACCCAGGUGCAUGUUCACACAUCUGUAUCAAUGAGAUUGGUGGUUUCAAAUGUGAAUGUGAACCAGGUUAUAUGAGAGACCCCAGAAACCACACCCGUUGUAAAGCAACCGAAGGACAUGCGUCAUUACUAUUUGCAAGACGUCAUGAUAUCCGAAAAAUUGCUCUUGAUCACAUGGAAAUGACAUCUAUUGUGAAUGACACCAAAUCGGCGACAGCAUUGGACUUUGUCUUCCGCACCGGAAUGAUAUUCUGGAGCGAUGUAACCACUCAGAGGAUAUACAAGGCGCCAAUCGAUGAGGGUAAUGACAAGACUGUGGUCCUCAAUGAUCAUUCAGUAACAGCUGAUGGCUUGGCCGUUGAUUGGAUUUAUAAUCAUAUAUAUUUUACUGACACAUACAAGUGUACCAUUGAGUUGACAAAUUUCGAUGGCAACAUGGGUAUGGUUCUUAUUAAGGACCAACUCGAGAUACCACGUGCCAUUGCAUUGGAUCCAAUUGAUGGAUGGAUGUAUUGGACAGAUUGGGGAAAGAAUCCACGCAUCGAACGUUCCGGCAUGGAUGGUUCUCAUCGCAAAACUAUUGUCAGUUACGAUGUGAAGUGGCCAAAUGGUCUCACACUGGAUUUGGUACGAAAGAGGAUCUACUGGGUGGAUGCCAAGUUGAAUGUUAUUUCGUCAGCCAACUACGAUGGAACACAACGCCGCCAGAUUCUGUAUUCAGCUGAGUAUUUGAGACAUCCAUUUUCGAUAACAACAUUUGAAGACUGGGUUUACUGGACCGAUUGGGAUAAACAGACUGUUUUCAAAGCGAACAAAUUCAAUGGGCACGAUGUGGAGGCGAUUACCGCACUUCAUAUGCUACAACACCCGAUGACUGUUCAUGUUUACCAUCCUUACCGACAGCCUGACGGCAUUAAUCACUGUCAGUCGGUAAAUGGGCAUUGUUCGCAUUUAUGCCUACCAGCGCCACGGAUAAAUGAUCGCAGUCCGCGCAUAUCCUGUGCCUGUCCGACGGGCCUUAAAUUAAUGGACGAUAGACUGAUGUGUGUCGAAGACCUCAAAAACACAACAAUACCACCAAAGAAGACUUCAACAACAAACCUACCUCAUGUAUCUACAAAACGCCCGCUGACGUUUAAAACAAAUAAUGGCACCUCGAAUGAGAGUGAAUCAGGCAGCAACGUUGGAACAAGGCCUAUCAGUAAUACAACACAGUCGGAUGGAUCCAGUUCUUCCUCACAAUCAACAGAUUCUGGAUAUGUUGCACUGAUUGUGAUUGCUUCUUUACUUGCCGCCAGUCUUGUUAUAGGAGCGCUCCUCUAUGUUGGAUACCGCCACUGUAGUAGAAGAGCGGUAACUUCAAUGAACUUUGAAAAUCCAGUGUACAGAAAAACCACCGAAGAUCAAUUCAGCUUAGAGAAAAACAUGCCAGCACGAAUGUUCCCUAAUACAGUGGACGAAGAGUGCAAGGAACCACUCUACAAGUUAGGAACAGAAUGUGUAUAAGAAAUGAUACCAAAAUUCACCAUAAACCAACAGCAACACUAAACAACAACAAAAACAAACAAAAAACUCGUAUUAUGCCAACACAACAGCAGCAUAAUAAAAAUCGUUACAGAUUCAAAGUCAAACAGAAACAACUUAAUUUAUUGAUAUUGGAUUGAGAACUUGAAACAUAACUAAUAAGAAAUUGAACAAAAAUUAUUAUGAGAAAUUAUAUAAAAAAAAAAAUUAAAAUAGUUUAAGACUUAUUUUUUUCAGCUGAGCUGAGACAAAAAGCUUAUUGGUACUGACACAAAUUAAUUUAUUUCUUUUGGGCAUACAAAAAAAUUAGAUUGUAAUUAAUUUGGCUUGUAACAUUUUUUUUUUCUUCAGUAUAUAAGUACAUUUGUAUAUACUUUAAAUCACAUUAAAUGAACAAAAUUAUUUUCAUUAAAUUUAAAAUAAAAAACAAAAUCGAUAAAAAAGAAAAUUUUUUUUUAUAUACAACAUUAUUAAACAAGGUAAACCGUAACUAUCCAUAGUUAUUUCACUUUUUUUCCCUGAAACCGUCUUUUUUUGUUGUCCCUUACAGUUUUCAGUUGACAACUUUUCCUUUUUUAAAUAUUAUUAAAUAUUUUUAGAUUUGAAGAAUUUGAUAUGUUUUAAAAUCACAUCCAUCAUUAAUUUUUAUCUGAACAGCAAUCGAUUUGUAAUACACACUUAACAAAUUGUCUUUAUUCUGAUUGUCAAGAAUUCAAUUUAAAUCCAAAGUCACUUUUUGUUCAAACUACUUACUCAAAGAGAUGAUUCCUUUGUUUUAAUUUUUCUUUAAAUAACUAAGUGUGAUUCUAAAAAUAAAUAAAAAUAUGAUUAUCUUAUUUCGUCGAUAAAAAAAUUCCAGCUAUGCUUGAGUGAGUAAUUUUAUAUUUGGGCCAAGGGUUUUAAUUUUGCAUCAACUCUUAUAAAUAUUUGUUUACACUUUUUUUUAAAGAUUCGAAAUAAUAACAGGAUGAGGGUGCAAAGAGGUAUAAAUUAAGAGUUGAUAUUUUUUUUUCAAAGUAUUUCCAGACAUUAUUUAACGGCUCUCUAAGAUAAUUUUAACUAAGGACAUGUCUGCAAUUUAAUUUAAUGAAUUCUAUAAUAUAAUAUUUUCAAAAAACGAUAAAAGAAAAAGGUUGAGUUGAGAUAAAAACAAAAUCCUAUUAAAUCAAGUUUUGAGUCGCCAUUUUACUUUAAAAAUUGUUGAAAGAAAUUAACUACUGUUAAAUACAUUUUAAAAUGCAAACUCAAUCUCGUUUUUUUUUAUUUAAAUAAGUGUAUUAUUUUUUUAAAACAAUCAGUUAAAACAAUUUCUAGCUUCGUGAUAAGGACCAGUUAAAAAUAAAGUAAAUAAACAAAACAAUCUAUAUCUGCAAAACAAUCGUUUUUGAUUUGCUAGUAACAUUAUAAAAUAAAAAGUAUAGUUAUUUAAAAGGAGAAAGCAAGGUGUGACAGUCUAUAUUUUGAAAAAUGGAACUUUUGUCGGUUACAUAUGUAGCAAAUUCAUGACAAAAGUUUUAUUUUAAUGAUUUCAUUGCUCUACAAUUCGAAGAGGAAUAAAGAACACCCUGGUUCAUUCAUAGCUUAUCGAGGCACAAUGAUACUAACAUUCAAAACCUUCCCGGGGGUUUUUAUUGGUAUCGGCAAACAUUUUCUAGGAGAUUUUAGAAUUUAGAACUUCAAAGAAUUGUUUGUUCCUCAAAAUUAAAAGAAGAUGCACUGUUGCACAAAAAGUCGGGGGAUAGAUUUUGUAUUAUGUAAAUGAACAAUACUUUUUCGUAUGUGCUAACGGUCUGCUUUUAAUAACUUGAAAAACGAAAGAAUUUGUCGCACAUUUUCUCUUAGUGAUAAAAAACGAAUGAUCGCUUUUGUUUUUCAUAGAAUGUGUCCCACAUUCACGAUUCACGAUAAGGCUCAUUCUGUAUAUUCUUCCUUGAAAAUGAUAAGUUGUAUCAGCUUUAGAUCCAAAAUAAAUGGAGUUUUAGUAAAAAAGUUAUUGAUGUUUGCUUAAAUAAAAAUAAAGGUAUGGAUUUAAAAACGAGUUCAAUUGCUCAGAAUUAAUUUCUAUAGACUUCGUUGCCGUUCCAUUGUACGUGAUCCCAUUUAUCCUUUUGAGAUUUUCUUCCAGAACAGGAGUUUGAAGAACAUCGCCAGUUCAGGAUGCGUUAAGUCAAGAUCAUUUUAGUACCUAGGCCUUGUUUUCUGGCGGUCUCUAACAUACGAACAUUAUAAGUGAAUGAAUAUUUUUAGCAAAAGUUUGUAUGUAUUUAAAAAAAAAAAUUAAUUUUUUGUCGGCCCUUGGUCCAAAUGUGUUUCACACAGGUAAUAUUGGUGAAGAAUCACUAAUACAAACUAUUGAAUGCUUAUGAAUCCUGAUAUAUAUCAUACUAAAGCCGGUUUUUAAGCUUAAUUUAAAACAAAAAUUAAAGACAAAUCAUCCCCUCAACAAAUGUAUAAUUUUAAUGAUAGAAAAAUUGAUAUUCAUAAAAAGUGAAACUGUUUUUAUUUCUGUAAAACUGGUGAAAAAAUACCUGAAACAUCGAUGAAUCGGUAUUGGCGAUCAAUAUAAAUAUUACAUCUUUUUUGACAAACUGUGGAUACCUACUGUGAUAACUCCAUAUUAUUGUAUUAGCAGUCUUAUUAAAAACAUUGCCAAAUAAAUCUAAUUUACUUAAUAGUUGGUGCUACAGCAAAUUAAAAAAAUCCAAAAGAAAAAUGAAUUGCCCCGCAUGCGAAUAAAUCAAAAAUCUUAAUACCAAGUUGUCUAUCAAGUGAAAUGUAAUAUUAUUAAUUUAUCAAUCCAUUACAUACUCUAAUAUGAACUUUGGAAAAUUAACUGUAACCCACUUUUCACUUCAUCUUCCGUGGUGACACUAAGACCUUGUACGGAAAGCAAUGUCACUAUAGGAAUUUGCUUUAGUUUUGCUAAUGGGGUCAAAUAUUUAUCUAUUUUCUCAAAACUUUUUUUUUGAAACUACAGAAAAGUGAUCUGGCGUGAGAUCAGAGAUUAGGCAACGUACAAUCAGGAAAAUUACUCUAACCAAAAAGAUUAAAAAAGCAAACGCGAAAAUAUUGUCAUAAUUAACUCAACUUUUUUAAAUGACGUCGUUAAGUACAUAGACCGAUUUGGUGCCAUAUCUCGAGAGCAAUUAUAAAAAAUGCAGUUAAACAAGUAUAAUAUUGUGCAGUUACUUGUGAUGUGAUAUCAUUUGAGGAAUACAACUGUUUUUACAUCUUCGAAUAAACUUUUGAAAUCUCAUACUCAUUUCUUUUACACUCUUUAAAAAAUGGUAAACAAUUCUUAUUUUGAAUUAAUUUUAACGCCACCAUAUCCUUAUGCAGUCAAAAUCGUUUAUAACGAAAUCAAUUAUAAUGAAAUAUCGGUUACUGCGAACUUAUCUUUAAGUUCUCGCAAAGUUUACAUACAAAAUAAACUAAUCAAAUCCGCCAAUGACAAAUAAAUUGGUUCUGACGAACAGUUUCGAAUUAGAAAUUUGUUUUUGAGAGCUACUCGAACAGUCAUUUUUAAUUCAUGUCGGCAGGUUGAAAACGUAGUUGAAAAUGAGUGCAAAACGUAUAGUUUUUCUAUUGAAAAAGCUGUACCAAAUUAUUUCAAGGCUCGAAAAAAGGUGAAUCAAAUUAAAGUUGAGGACUAAUUUUUUUUUUGUAUCGGUCCACUUCCGAAGAUCGAGAUAAGAUUAUGAAGAAUACUGAAGAAUCAAAAUUAAAAGUUUGGUGUAGUAACAUCUCGACAGCUGGUUAAGCCCAAAGGAAUUUGAAUACUGCAUUAAAUACAAAAAUGUGUAUAUCAGCAGAUUGAUUUCGCUUAAAUAACUUAUUGACUUGUUGCUUCUAGUUGCUUGUAUCUAUUUAUUCAAUAUAAUUAUUUUUAUGAGUUAAAACACAUAUUGCAAUAAUCACUCUUUCUUCAAAAAUGGGAAAAUAAAUAUUUCCUUUGAUUUCAAAAUAUUAUUAAAAACAAAAGUCAUUCUUUUGAAAAAAUAAUGACAAGAAUGUUAAUCGGUAAUAUUUGAUCCAAGAAUAUCAAUCUUUUUAGACACCCACUUUUAAAAAAAAAUACAACGCCCGUCUUUAUUUAAGUGUAAAGCAAAUUCCCACAACUCAACGUUAAUUCCACUUUCCGCCACACCUUAACUUACUUGAUUCAUUUCCGUUAUGCUCCGUUAUCCUCCCAUAGCUCUCUUCUUUUGUCACGUUCUGUUGUUAACACACUGGAAAAGGAAACCCUCUCGUGUGUAAUAAAUUUGAAUUGUUCCCAAUAGGCAUUUCAAAAUUAUCGUGAACCAAGCUAUUUCCAUUAAAUUUUUUACCCGAUUAUGAUUUCGUUUGAUAUUUGGAUAAUUUGAAAUAACGAACUCCUACACUUUGCAAUUGCUUCCAACACAAAAAAAAACAAAAAUUCAA